AAGAAGCCUUUUUCUCUUGUUUUCCCCCUGCAGCUGAUGGCAAUUUAUUUAAAAAUUAAGACGCGUAAGAGCAUUUAUACAAAGUGUUUCGUUAAAAAUGGACCAAGUUGCAAACUAGGAAGGUCUGAGAGGCAGCUUGCCAUCCACAGCUAGGGAAAACCAGAGACCCCAGAAGUGCAGAAGGCAGAACCCCUUUUUUUCCCUUCCCACCCCCUCUUUGAAUAUCACCCUCCUUAGCAGCAAUCCAAACAAACGCCUGUCGUUUUUGAGUGGCUGUCGUACUCCAUCAGUUCAUUUAAAAACCAAAGUGUCCAAUAAAAAACAAUGCAGGUUUAUUCCACCAUAUUUUUUUUAAAUGAAGGAUUUCCUCUUUAGAAUACAUAAGACAUUCAGGUCAGUCAUUGGCAACAUCUCACUGUAAAAGAAUCAAGAAUUAUAAAGGCGCUUUGGUCAAGAGGUCUUCAGCUUCUCUUUUCUGUUGACGCACUGAAAUGUUUGAAUGUUUCUUUGCCAUUCACACCCUUUGGGAACCACUAAUCCCAUCAAAACACUUAAAUGGGCUAUAAGCAAACACCUUUUUUUUUUCCUUGGGGUUUUCCAUCAGAUAAAAGGAGCUGAGCCCUGAGGGUUGGCGGGUGGGGGUCGUGCAGAUAUAAAGCGCCCCACACCCUGACCUUUGCUCAGAUCUGCAAAGAGACCUUUGACUCUGCGAGGCAUCCUCACGUUACGGAGGCGCCAGCGAUGCUCCCCGCGGCCGUCCUGCUGGCCUUGGCGCUGCGCCGGGCGGCGGGGCUGGACCUGGGCUUAUCCACCAAGUGCGUCGCCAUCCCCACGGACAUGGCCAUGUGCCACGACAUCGGCUACUCGGAGAUGAGGCUGCCCAACCUCCUGGGUCACGUCGGUUUGCCCGAAGUCGUGGGGAAAGCCGCCGCGUGGCAGCGCCUCGUCAGCACCGGCUGCCACCCGCACGCGGGGAUCUUCCUCUGCUCGCUCUUCGCACCCGUGUGCUUGGACACUUUCAUCCAGCCUUGCAGAAGCAUGUGCGUUGCGGUCCGCGACAGCUGCGCCCCCGUCUUGCAAUGCCAAGGACGCCCCUGGCCGGGCAGUUUGGACUGCGAUCGGUUCCCCGCAGAUGAGGACACGUGUCUUGCAUCCCUCGGCAAAGAAGCUAAGCGUGGUCUCGGAGCCUUUCCCAAGCCUAUCUGCCAGACUUGCCCGGCCAUUGAUGAGCUCUUGACGCGCAGGAAAGUGCUGGACAUUUUUUGUAUCGGCAAUUUUGCCGCAAAGGUGAAACUGUCCAGGAAACGACCUGCCUUCGGCGCUCCAGAAUAUGACAUUGACUGCCAGGUGGAAUUCAUUAACCAGGGGUCGCUCUUGCCUUUCGAUGCUCGCAGUGUGAUUAAGCAGUGGUUUCUGAUCAACGAAAACUGUACUCGGCAACUGGUCCAUGCCCACCGUCCCAAGGUAUAUCUCAUUGUGGGGACCACAGAGGAAAUGAACAUCGUUGUCAACCAAGUGUAUCACUGGCAGAAAUGGGAUUACAGGCUGACCCUGGCAACGCAGAAACUGAAGCAUCGCAAAUGUGCGUAACUCUUCAUUAUCCAGCUUCCAGCAUUCGUGAAUUCUCCGCUGAUCCAAAGGCCCAGCCUAUUCUCAGUAGGCCCAUUCGCUUCAAUGGAGGGAGCUAAUCGGGGCCAGAUUUAGGUUUGACGAGGCCCUAAGCUAUGGAAAGUCAUGGGGCCCUUUCUAUGUCCAGCUGUCCUUU